UGCAGCCCCGCCCAUGUUUUAGAGCGAGGCUUGAUCCGCAGUUCUGCAAGUCGCUCUGUGUCGUCCGGUUGUCACCUGCGAGCAGAGAUGGGAUCCAAUAAUCUGAGGUUUGAUGGACGGGUGGUGCUGGUCACUGGAGCCGGGGGAGGAUUGGGAAAAGCGUAUGCCCUGGCCUUUGCAGAAAGAGGAGCUUCUGUUGUCGUCAACGAUCUGGGAGGUGACAUCAAAGGAGACGGGAAAAGUUCAUCGGCUGCAGACAAGGUUGUUGAAGAAAUUAGGGCGAAAGGAGGAAAAGCGGUGGCCAAUUAUGACUCGGUGGAAUUGGGAGAGAAACUUGUACAAGCAGCCCUGGAUGCGUUUGGACGGAUAGACAUUGUGAUUAACAACGCAGGAAUUCUGAGGGAUCGCUCUUUUGCAAGAAUCAGCGAUGCAGAUUGGGAUAUUAUUCAUAGAGUUCACUUGAGAGGGUCAUUCCUGGUUACUAGAGCAGCAUGGAAUCACAUGAAGAAUCAGAAAUUUGGAAGGAUAAUCAUGACCUCAUCAGCAGCUGGUAUUUAUGGAAAUUUUGGACAAGCCAACUACAGUGCUGCUAAACUUGGGUUGGUGGGUCUUUCCAGCACCUUGGCUCUUGAAGGGGUGAAGUACAAUGUCCGUUGUAAUGCAAUUGCACCCACGGCCGGUUCCCGACUCACUGAGACUGUCAUGCCACAAGAUCUCGUGGAUGCUCUAAAGCCGGAGUAUGUGGCUCCUCUGGUGUUGUGGCUCUGUCAUGAAAGCUGUCAGGAAAAUGGUAGUUUGUUCGAGGUUGGUGCAGGAUGGAUUGGAAAAUUGCGAUGGGAAAGAACUCUCGGCGCCAUUAUCAGACACAAGAAUCGCCCAAUGACUCCUGAAGCUGUACGUGAUGAGUGGGUAAAGAUUUGCGAUUUCGAUAAUGCCACUAAGCCCCAAACAAUCCAAGAGUCCACUGGCACACUGUAUGAAGUUUUGUCAAACAUCGACUCAGGAAAAGGAAUUUCUAUGAAUCCCACAAGUCAGAAAUCCUCAUCCUCUGGUAUUGACCCAGCCCUGGCUAUAGGACAGAAGUUACCUUCUACAGUGUACAGUUACACUCAUAUCCAGCCUAUUCUCUAUGCUCUGGGAGUGGGCAUGUCCACCAAAGACCCGGAUCAUCUCAAGUUCCUGUUUGAAAACAGCGAUGAGUUUGCCUGCUUGCCCUCAUUUGGAGUCAUUUUAUCCCAGGCUGCCUUCAUGGGUGGAGGGCUUUCCUCAGUCCCAGGGCUGAAUAUAGAUUUUACACGAGUUCUUCAUGGAGAGCAGUACCUUGAAAUCUACAAGCCUAUCCCGACAUCAGGAGAGAUGCGCUCAGAGGGCACAGUGGCAGAUAUUCUUGAUAAAGGCUCCGGUGCUGUUCUUUUGUUGGAUGUAAAAACCUACUGUGGGAAGGAUCUGAUUUGCUAUAACCAGUUUUCUGUGUUUGUGGUUGGAGCGGGUGGCUUUGGUGGAAAGCGCUCAUCACCCAAGGCUAAGGCAACUGGGAACCCACCCAAUCGUGCUCCGGAUGUUGUUGCGAGUGACAAUACAACGGUUGACCAGGCUGCUCUGUACCGUCUCAGUGGAGACUGGAAUCCCUUGCACAUUGACCCCAACUUUGCCGCAGUGGCAGGAUUUGAAAGACCCAUCUUGCAUGGCUUGUGCACUUUCGGAUUUUCUGCCCGGCAUGUUUUGAAGCACUUUGCGAAUAAUGAUGUGUCCAAGUUCAAAGCCAUAAAGGUUCGCUUUGCUAAGCCAGUCAUCCCUGGACAAACUUUACUAACUGAAAUGUGGAAAGAAGGCAACAGAAUUUACCUUCAGACCAAGGUCAAGGAGACUGGUGAGAUUGCAAUCGCGGGUGCCUAUGUAGACCUUACAUCAACUGUUAGUAAUGUGCCGUCCAGAGAUGCGGUUCAGGGCACAGAACUGCAAAGUGAGCUUGUCUUUGAAGAAAUCAGCCGUCGCAUUAAAGAUGCUGGGAAUGAACUGGUUAAAAAAGUCAAUGCGGUCUUCCAGUGGGAAAUCACCAAAGAUGGCAAGACGGCUGCACAGUGGACUAUUGACCUGAAGAAUGGAGCUGGAGAAGUCUAUCGUGGUAAUGUCCGUGGCCGAGCUGAUACCACAUUUACCCUUUCUGAUCAAGACUUUAUGGAUAUUGUUUUGGGAAAACAAAAUCCCCAAAAGGCGUUUUUCGCUGGUAAACUCAAAGUGAAAGGCAACAUCAUGCUGAGUCAAAAACUGGAGAUCAUAUUGAAAGACUACGCUAAACUGUGAGAAUGUGACUGCAAGAUCAAGCAAUGCCGUCCUGAAGUGUACCUGUCAUCCAUAUACAAUGAGGAUAGUGCCUAAAUUUACAGAGAGUGUACUUGCCUCUUUGCCCCCAGCCCUGCACUGUUCAUAGGUUCAUUUCUAGAAAUGUCUCCCAGGAGCCUUUUAGAUCACAUUCAAACUGGCAGUGUCAAAUCUGUAUUUAUUUGCAUUUAGAGGACAUUUUUUCUAAAUGCAAUAAGCAUUCAUUUUCACUGGCCUCAUUCACACUCAACCUUUAACUGCAUCGAGGAUCUAAUUGGUCACUUCUGGCUAAACUCUUUUAAAGUAGGAACACCUAAACACGGGAAGAAAAUUAGACGUGUAUGCUUCCCAAAUAACUUUUCCUGAAUUUAGAAAAAACGAAAUGCAGGAGUGUAAGUGUGAAAGUGACCUUAGUGUAGAGCAACAUGGGCUGAUUUGCUAAAAAUAGAGGGCAAAAUCUGAUAUUGCUGUGCAUGGUAGCCAAUCGGCUUCUAACUUCAGCUUGUUCAGUUAAGCUGUGACAAAAAAAAACUGGAAACUGAGCUGAACCUUUUAUUCAGAGCUGCACCAUAUUUUGAACUCUCUAGAUUUAGUAAAUCAACCCUAUUAUCUUGAUUCCACCAUAUCAUUGCAGUAAUCAUUUUGUCUGAGUAUCUUCUUCAAACUAGACUAUUACAUGUUACUAGUAACUUGGGCUUUAGGCAUUGAUGAUAUGAAAUGACAGGCAGACUUCUCUGAAAAAAAUGUAUUCGUACAACACACUUGCUGCCUCAGCUUUGUAUGGUAGACAGGUACUCUUAAUCAAAUGUAUGCUAAUCAAACAGUAUAGCAACAGUCAUAAUACUGUCAUAAUUAACAAUACCAAGGUUGUGAUAACAUUCUAGGUUAGUGGGCUAUUGGAAAGCUGGGGCCUCCAAUUUAAGUGCCCACUUCAUAACAAGAAGCAGAAUCCAUGUUCAGAAUUCUUCAAGCAGACCACUGAUGUUUCAGUUAAAUGUUCAUGCAAGGUCCAUUUAAGCCAUUAAGUAUUUUUUUGAAGAAAUGCUUUAUAGAAAUAAAAGUGAACUACUGAAGAUUCCUUUGUUAUAUGUUGCCCUAGCUGGGUCCCUUUGAUCACUUUAUUUCAUCUUAAUGGACAAAAAUGCAGAUGGUAUACAAAAUGAAAAAGUGGCAGAUCAGGGAAUGAAAUCGGUGUUAACGAAGGCAAAGCUGAAUUUCUCCUUAAAAAUGACUAACAGUUUUACCAGCAAUUUGUUUUUGUUCUAUUAAAAUGGUUUCCAAACCUAAAAGUUAAUACCUACUUAAAAAUCCCCUGCAUGUUGCAAAGUGAAGACAUUUCUCCCUCCAGCUCCUGCUUGUUUUUUUGAGCUUAUGUCUCAGAUUCACUUGCUAAGACGGUAGUAAAAAGUCUUUAAUGUUGAUUUGCAAGUGCCCUAAUAUCGCAAAUGGCUACUUUUGGUAAGCUCUAACCUACGUAAUGCCCACAAGCAGUGCUGCUAAUUUAGACAGUUAUGUGGCAUCAUUUGCAAGCAUUACAUGAUGUGUGACCAGCCCAAGGCCAUGCAUUUCAACAUCACAUCGUAUUUUUGAUGCACCCAGUUAUGAAACGGACUAUAGGUUUUCUGGCGUAUUAGAAAAUCUUUUGUUGCCAGUGUUUUGCAGAGUGCCAAGAGUCAGGUUCACUAAAGGUAUCACCAUUUGGUGAUCGCUUCUAAGACCGGACCAUCUCACAAUCCCUUUUAAGAUCUGUCCAUCUCAGGAUAACUUAUUCUUCUGAGACCACUUAUAGAAAGAGACUAGCAUUUUCCCAGCUUCCUAACAAGGAUGAGUAGUAGGCACACUUGUGUGUUGCUCUGCAGAGGGAUGUUAACCCAAAAUCUAAUUUUAUGCAAAAAUAGAGAAACCAUUUGGUGUGAAUUUGUCUUCACUUAACAGCACAGCCAGUUUGUAUUUUUUCCUUUGCUAGCUCACAAUAAUGCACAGAGGGGACCUAGCAUUUUCUGCUAGUUGAGCGAAGAAUAAAUCCUCCAUUAAUGUCCUAUUAAAUGGAAUUUCCAUCUGAUUGUCUUAAUGAAAUCUCUCAUCAGUAUCCGUUAAGCCCUCAAUGAUAUAAUACCUUACUUGUAUGUAAAUAUGAAAUUUAAUAAAAACUGAUUGAUUUAAA